UGAACAGUGAAAUUAAUCUUCUUGUUCCAAUGUUCUUGUAGGUUAUUUUGUGUGUGAAUUUCAUUUUCACUAUCGAAAGAAUUUCCGUUCGAUUUUGCCCGAGGGUAUCGAAACGUCGCACAAAUGUCUAAUGUUUGAAAAUAAUGUAGACGAAGAGCAGUAGACUUAAGUGAACAGUUAAAAAUGUCGAAAGCUGCUGGUAGGCUGAAGACCUUGCGUAAAGCCGUUGACAAGGUGCAACAUGGAAAUAAAAUUCGAACCAAUAUUCCAGCAGGAAUGGCAGUUGCCGGUCCUCCGUUAGGACCAAUGCUUGGGCAGCAUGGAAUCAAUAUUGCAGCUUUUUGCAAGGAUUUCAAUGAAAGAACAAAGGAUUUAAAAGAGGGGAUACCUCUUCCAUGUAGAAUUACAGUUAAUGCUGAUAGGAGUUAUCAGCUUAUUAUGCAUAAGCCACCUGCUACAUUUUUCCUAAAGCAAGCUGCUGGUAUACAAAGGGGUGCUAUGGAACCAGGAAAAGAAAUAUCGGGAAAAAUAACACUAAAGCAUUUGUAUGAAAUAGCAAAAAUCAAAUCAGAAGAUCCUCCUUUGGCAUGUUACACUUUAGAACAAAUAUGUAUAAUGUUGGUAGGUGUUGCAAGAUCAUGUGGCAUUGAAAUAACAAGAAAUAUUGACUCAGUUGAAUAUGGUGAAUUUUUGGAAGAAAGGAGAGAAGUUGUUGAACAACAGAAGAAAGAACUUCAAGAGAAAAAGGAAGCUCGGAUGUUAAGAACAGGCUAAUCACUCUCUCUUUGUAUCUUCCUUUGUUGUGUAGUUGUAAAAAGAAAGUUUACUGUUAUUAAAAAAAGAAGAGAUAUGUACAAA